AUAGAACCCAGCCUGACCAAAGGUACGGUACCCACCCUAUCACCCAUCGGGAAGUUGUUCUCGGCCGACCGGUGUUUUUGGACACUGUCCGAUCCGAAUUCUCUCCCACCUACGCGAGAAUGGGAAUUAAGAAUUCCCCGACUUGGAAUGCACCUCGGCCUCGACAGCGCACCCUGUCCUUUUAUUUAUAUGCCAACAGGGGUGGCCCCAUCUCAUUGCCCGGUCUACUGGGGACAAGGUCGGUCUUUUUGCUGUUGUUGUUUUACGGACAUCAUUUCCAUCCAAUCUUAAUACUUGGUAACCCCUCGCCUCUUCUCUCUGCCCGCUGUCAAUCUGAUCUUUCUUCAGCUUGUCAGCAACUUGAACCCAAAAGUGAGGAUUGCCUCUUUUGGCACCAGACAGCAACAUCGCUCGCCCAGUUGUCGUUUCCUUGUCGGCAACCCGUGCGAUAAUUCGGGGCUUGGCGGAAAUCCAAGGUUUUCCAGAGCCACUUGACCACUUAAUUUGUUUGCUUUAUGCUUAAACUUUAAGCCUUGGCAAGCAAUUAUCUGCUGCCUCGAUCGGCAAAGGUAUUCCUAUUGGCAACAACGGCCAACAUGGAACCCUCAGAAAAGCGCCUCGGGGACGCCCCUGAAGCUGUUGUGCCCUCUCAGACUCCUUCAAACCGCAGCCGCGGUGGCUCAGAAUCCAGCAUUAAAAAACAAAAGGAGGACCUCGCCAAGGCCGACUCAAAGGUUAUACAACCGACUGCAGACGCCGUCGCCGAUCCCGAUGACAUUUACAAGCACCUGCCUCCGGCCGAGGCCGAAAUUCUCAAGCGCCAGGUCGACACGCCCUCCGUCAAGGUCGGCCUCGCGACCCUGUACCGCUAUGCUUCGCGCAACGAUCUCAUCAUCCUGACCAUCUCGCUCAUCUGCGCCAUCGCCUCUGGCGCCGCGCUCCCAUUGAUGACUGUCAUCUUUGGUAACCUUCAGGGCAGUUUUCAGGACCGAUUCCUAGGAGUUACUUCGUACGACGAGUUCAUGCAGACCAUGACGAACUUGGUUUUGUACUUUGUCUAUUUGGCCAUCGGCGAGUUCAUCACAACCUACAUCGCCACCGUGGGUACGAUCUACACAGGUGAACACAUCAGCUCAAAGAUUAGGGCGCACUACUUGGAAAGCUGCAUGCGCCAGAACAUUGGUUUCUUUGACAAGCUGGGUGCUGGCGAGGUCACCACCCGCAUCACUGCAGACACCAACCUUGUCCAGGAGGGUAUCUCAGAAAAGGUUGGCUUGACUGUUGCCGCCUUGGCGACUUUUGUGGCGGCCUUUGUCAUCGGUUUCAUCAUGUACUGGAAGUUGACCUUGAUCCUGACUUCGACCUUUUUCGCCCUUAUCUUUGUCAUGGGUGGCGGCUCCUCGUUUAUCAUCAAGUUCAGCAAGCAAACGAUCAACUCGUAUGCCGAAGGUGGGAGCGUUGCUGAGGAGGUCAUCAGCUCCGUUCGCAAUGCCGUUGCAUUUGGUACCCAGGACCGCCUUGCCCGCCAGUACGACAGCCACCUGAUCAAGGCUGAGGUUACUGGUUUUAAAGUCAAGGCAUCCAUCGGCAUGAUGGUUGCAGGCAUGAUGUCCGUUCUGUACCUUAACUAUGGUUUGGCCUUCUGGAUGGGUAGCCGGUACUUGAUUGAAGGUGUCAUCCCGCUCUCCAAGGUCCUCAUCGUCAUGAUGAGUGUCAUGAUUGGUGCCUUCAACAUCGGCAACGUUGCACCCAACGUCCAGGCCUUCACCACAGCUCUAGGUGCGGCGGCCAAGAUUUACACCACAAUCGACCGCCAGUCCGUCUUGGAUCCCUCUUCAGACGAGGGAGAGAAGAUCGAGAACCUCAAGGGCACUAUUCUUUUGGAGAACGUCAAGCACAUCUACCCCUCGCGGCCCGAGGUCGUUGUUAUGGAGGAUGUGACGCUCGAGAUCCCCGCCGGCAAGACGACUGCUUUGGUCGGAGCAUCGGGCAGUGGAAAGUCUACUAUUAUCGGUCUUGUCGAGCGCUUCUACCAGCCUGUCGGAGGCAAGGUCUACCUGGACGGCCAUGACAUUAGCACCUUGAACCUCCGCUGGUUGAGACAAAACAUUUCGCUGGUAUCUCAGGAGCCCAUCCUGUUCAGCGUUUCGAUUUACGAGAACAUCAAGCACGGUCUGAUCGGCACCAAGCAUGAAAACGCAGAACCGGAGGUCCAAAAGGAGCUAAUCAUCGAGGCUGCGAAGAAGGCAAACGCACACGAUUUCAUCAGCACCCUUCCUGAAGGCUACGAUACCAACGUCGGCGAGCGCGGUUUCCUCAUGUCUGGAGGCCAGAAGCAGCGUAUCGCUAUCGCCCGCGCCAUCGUUUCUGACCCCAAGAUUCUACUACUCGACGAAGCCACAUCUGCCCUGGAUACCCGCUCCGAAGGUGUGGUGCAAGCCGCUCUCGAGGCCGCCGCCGAAGGAAGGACAACCAUCACCAUCGCUCACAGACUCUCUACCAUCAAGGACGCGCACAACAUUGUUGUCAUGUCUGAGGGUCGUAUCGUCGAGCAGGGUAACCACAACGAGUUGCUUGAGAAGCGCGGAGCAUACUACAAGCUCGUUACGGCCCAAGAGAUUGCCAAGGUUACCGAGAUGAGCCCGGAGGAAGAGGAUGCCAUCAACGAGAAGGAAGAGAUUCUGAUCCGCAAGGCGACCAGCAACAAAGAGAGCACCAGCUUCAUCCCCGACCCCAACGACAACCUGGCCACCAAGAUGGAACGAACGAAAUCGGCUUCGAGCGUCGCGCUUCAGGGCCGCUCGAAGGACGCACCAAAGAAAUACAGCCUGUGGACCAAGAUUAAGCUUAUUGCCUCGUUCAACGCGCCCGAGUGGAAGCUCAUGGUUAUUGGUCUUCUCUUCUCGAUCAUUUGCGGUGGCGGCAACCCCACACAGGCCGUCUUUUUCGCCAAGUUGAUUACGUCCAUGUCGGUACCCGUCAACGAGCAGACAAUCCCGACCAUCCAGAAGGACGUUUCCUUCUGGUGUCUCAUGUACCUGAUGCUUGGAAUCGUUCAAUUCAUCGCCUUCUCCGUCCAGGGUAUCCUCUUUGCCAAGUGCUCAGAGCGUCUCAUUCACCGUGUCAGAGACCGAGCCUUCCGCACGAUGCUACGCAUGGACAUUGGCGAGUUUGAUAAGGAGGAGAACACUGCCGGAUCUCUGACGUCCUUCCUCUCGACCGAGGCUACUCACGUUGCUGGUAUCAGCGGUGUCACACUUGGUACAAUCCUCAUGGUCAGCACCACUUUGGUCAGCGCCUUUACUCUGAGUCUGGUUAUUGGGUGGAAACUGGCGCUUGUUUGUAUUUCGACCGUCCCUGUCCUUUUGGCUUGCGGUUUCCUCAGGUUCUUUAUGUUGGCCCACUACCAGCGCCGCGCCAAGCGCGCCUACGACAACUCGGCCUCGUACGCAUCCGAGGCCAUCACCGCCAUCCGGACCGUUGCCUCCCUUACACGCGAAAAGGACGUUCUCAAGCGUUACCAGGACUCGCUCGACCAGCAGGGGCGUAUAUCGCUCCAGUCGGUCCUCAGGUCGUCCACCCUGUACGCCGCCUCGCAAUCGCUUACAUUCCUGGUGCUGGCGCUCGGCUUCUGGUACGGUGGUAGCCUUUUGGGCCUUGGAGAGUACGGCAUGUUCCAGUUCUUCCUUGUCUUCAGCGCCGUUAUUUUCGGAGCACAGUCGGCAGGUACCAUGUUCGCCUUCGCUCCUGAUAUGGGCAAGGCUGCACACGCGGCCGAGCAGCUCAAGACGCUCUUCGACCGGAAGCCGACCAUCGACACUUGGAGCACCGAUGGCGAGAAGAUUGGCGAUGUCAAUGGCACCAUCGAAUUCCGUGAUGUUCACUUCAGAUACCCAACCCGACCGGAGCAACCCGUGCUCAGGGGCCUGGACCUCACGGUGCUGCCGGGUCAGUACGUGGCGCUGGUGGGUGCCUCUGGAUGCGGAAAGUCGACAACCAUUGCGCUGCUGGAGCGCUUCUACGACCCGCUGGUCGGGGGCAUCUACGUUGACGGUCGCGAGAUUAGCUCCCUCAACGUCAACGACUACCGGGCCCAGAUCGCGCUCGUGUCGCAGGAGCCAACGUUAUACAGCGGCACCAUCAAGGAGAACAUCCUGCUCGGCACCUCGGAGCAGGUCACGGACGAGGCGGUCGAGUUUGCCUGCCGCGAGGCCAACAUCUACGACUUUAUUCUCAGUCUUCCCGAGGGAUUCAACACGAUCGUCGGAAGCAAGGGUGCGCUGCUGUCUGGUGGACAGAAGCAGAGGAUUGCGAUUGCGAGGGCGUUGAUUCGUGAUCCCAAGAUUCUGCUCCUCGACGAGGCAACCUCUGCUUUGGACAGUGAGAGUGAAAAGGUGGUCCAGGCGGCGCUGGACAAGGCCGCCAAGGGCCGGACGACCAUCGCUGUCGCGCACCGUCUCAGCACGAUCCAAAAGGCCGACAUCAUCUACGUUUUUGACCAGGGCAGGAUCAUCGAGCGGGGCACGCACUCGGAGCUCAUGAAGAAGAACGGGAGGUACGCUGAGCUCGUGAACCUCCAGAGCUUGGAGAAGAGGUAGAUGGAGGAUAUGUCGGAUCCUCUCCUCCUAUUUGUUUACUUUUUAAUAUGAUCACAUCCCCGGCGGCCUUCUGUUUACAUGUCAAUACUUUCUUGUAUUUUCUGCCUCAUCUGCGCUCAGGUGUGGCAUUCUUUUUUCUUUGUGUUUGAAGAACUGCUAAAGAUACCUCUAUCGCUAUUUCUCUUAAUGCCUCUUUUUUUUUCUUUUUUCUCUCUCAUGAUUGUGUCUUUAUUUGCUCAAUCUCCACUUACCUUGUUGCUGGACAGAAGAGCACACUGUGGACGGCGUUCAAGAUGUACGUUUCAUUCCAUCUCCUCUCUAGGAAUGUCAAAAGCACUUUACAAGAUUAGAGAGCUUCAACAACAGAAUAGAUUCGAAGGCUUCUGGCAUAAGAAGACAAUCUUUUUACCUUUCUUUUCCGUGUUUCACAAUGAUUCAUUGACAAGUGAUUGAUGGGUGACAGGUUUGAUUGAU